AUUGCAUGAUGUUAGCUUUACAAUCUAUAUUCGUCUAUCGUAGAAUCCUUAUUCGUGCUCAAAAUACAUAGACUACAGUUAGCCGUUGACAAACAAACUCGUCUUAGUUUGAGCGAUCUCUCUUCUUCUCUUCGAAUUUGAAGCGUUUCAUUUCCCAAGCGUAUUUGACGAAUUGGGUCUUAUUAAGAAACUUUAAAGAGAUUUAAAUGAAAAAGAGCUCUCAGAUUGCCUUAUUUAAAAAAAUCAUGAUUUCAUUAGGACAAUUUAAAUGUUCCAAUAGAGUUUCCUAAGUGAGAAUGCUACUAUUGUUUUUUUAUAUUAAUAACAUUCUACAGAUAUCUUAUUGCCUUCGAAUUACAGACAAUAAACACAUGCCUAAUAAAAGAUUCAUAGGUUGGAUAAAAAGGUACAACAGAGAGGAAAUGAAAGAAAAGCCUCUAAUCGUAAAGUUUUCAGUUCAACAGACAAACUUUACAUUAGCAAUGUAUGAAAAUAGUAAUGUAUUUUCGCCGAAUUAUGUUGAAGCUUACAAUGGGAAAAUUAAUCAGGUUUACAGUAAAAGCUUAUCCCGUUUCCUUUGGGGUAAAUCGACCGAUAAGUAUAAUUUAGAAGCUGGUGGUUUAUUAAGGCAUGGAUUUUUCGAGGGGUAUGCAUGUAAACUUGGUAAUUGCUUUAUAUUUGAGAAAACUGAUAAUGCGUCGGCAAUUUACGAAGUCGGUGAUGUAAUAGGAGUCGAACGAAAAUUAAAUAAUAGAACAAAGGAAACAAUAGAUGGAUUUAUGGAAUUCCAUGAGAGAUUACACUCAAAUUUUCGUGCUAAAAGAAAGUUUGCAAAUAUUUCAGGGCCUAUUUUCGUGGGCUCUUAGACGUUAUAAUUUGAAGGACAAUAACGUUGAUGGCUUUGAAGGAACCGAUCGAACGUGUACGGUAGAGGUACUUAUCAACAGAAUGACGUACGUGCACCAUAAACUCUUAAUGAGAACUGAAUCAAAGGAAUAUCUUCUAAGAUAUUUCCGAGACACAAUAGCAUUGAUUCUAAGUUUUUCUUCAACUAUUUAUAGUAAUACAGUUUUUGAGCACGAUAAAUACAAAUUUAGAGGCUUAAAAUAUCAAAUACGAAGAUUAACGAUAAUGGACGAAGAGACGUGCAAGAGCGCCAGCAAGGAUAUUCAAUUAUCCGCUAUUUGCCAUCAUCUGGACUUUCGAGACCACUUUAAACGUAACAGAUUAUCUUUUUACCGUCCUUAAUGUACUAAAUAUAAAAUCUUGUCUUGAUUGUAUAAGGUAUACUUAAGUGUUAAAGUUUAAAGUGGAAACGGUUCUAAAGCACUACAAUUGCCUUAUCGACGCAUCUAGGAGCUGUCUGCAGCUCGUUUUAGACUUUAGAAAUUUUGGUGACGUUAUGGGUGUAACCUUUGAAGCCUCACUAAAUAAGAUUGGAGCUUGCGCUCCUCGACGUCCCUUCUACGACGAAUUCAAUUGUUCAUCGAAUACUGUUAUGAUCAAUACAAGAAGGGCAGGAUAUUCAGUAGACAAGUUAGCGCCAAUAUACGGAUUACAAUUUACAUUUGUCCAUGAGGCGGCUCAUGCCUUUGGUGCUAAGCAUUUAAGUAAAGAGGAGGAAAAAUACGGCACCAUUAUGAAUAAGAAAGUAUCCGUAACCAAGUCACAUUCGGAGAGUUUAUACUUUCAUAACAAAUCUCUUAAGUCUAUUGGAAAGUAUUUAUUCGAGCACAGUAAAUACGGAAACUUAUUCCAUGCCAAAUGCUUUCAAAGAGAUCCAAACCGUGUUGGAAAAUGUCAGAACGGAAUAUUAGAAGAGGGCGAGGAAUGCGAUGGGAACUCCCCUUGUUGCACUGAAACUUGCCAUCUGAUGCCCUUAGUGGGUUGCGACCCUUAUCAGCCUUGUUGUACGUUUGAUUGUAAAACGAGUCUUAUUUACAAACCAUGUAAUUUUAUGGGAAAUUGUGAAAGGGUCCAGUUGUGUAAUGGACGUUCGCACGCUUGUUGUAGAUCUAGACAAUUAAUAAGCCAUAAAACGAACGGAUUCGAAUGCGAAGACGGAGUCUGUUUAAGAGGGAAAUGCAUUAAGUAUUGUAAUUUUCGGGAUUUUAAAUCUUGUAAGACUCCAAUUACGUCUUGCAUGAGAUAUUGCGAAUUAAAGGGGCAAUGUAUAAGUUCUGUUGAUGGAAAAUUCCAAAAGCUUUUUGCUGACGGUCAGAUGAAACGACUUAUGACUAGAACUAAUAACAUUUGCAGUCGACAGUCCGAGCGACUUAAGUACUGUGAUAAGAAUGCAACUUGCGUUGUUAACCAUGGCGGAAACUUGACUUUUAAGAAGGGACGGAGAUUAGAGAUUAACUACGAAGAAUACGCUAAAAGUAUCAUAGGUGAAAGGGCAGAUUGGAAUGAUCCUAAAACAGAAAUAAGAGAAAAAUUUUGGUCAGCAAUGACAGCAAUUUUUUCUUGUAUUGGUAUACUCCUUCUUAAAUGCACUGCUUGCAAAUUCUGGAAACGUUCCAAAGAGACUUAUGAAUAUUCUAAAAUUAAUUAGCAGUUAAUUUUAUUCUCUUGAUCUUCUUUUACUAUCAAUAGUUUUUAAGUAGUAAUUUCUCA